CCAAUGUAGAUAACUCAAACUCAGGCAUCGAAUCAAAACCCAACCCAUCACCAUCACCAUCACCGUCACCGUCGCCAUGCGUCUCCUGCUCUUCUUCUUCCUCCUCCUCUCCUUUAACACAGUAGCCUUCGUUCUCGCCGGCGGUGCUCAAAACCCCUUUUCUCCAAAGGGUUACGCGAUACGUUACUGGAAUAACAAAAUUGCAAAAAAUGGCUUACCAAAACCCUCCUUUCUGAUCGAUAAAGCUUCGCCGCUGACGGCCGCCGACUGCGCCGUGUUCGCCAAACUCGCCGGCGACGCCACCACGCUUUCCGGACAUCUCCACGAUUUCUGCAGCAAGGCCAACCUCUUUUGCCGGUUCGAUUCGUCGCCGAGCCUGAAGAAACGCAAGGGAAAUGAAGAUUUCGACAGGUAUAAUGAUCGGGAUUUCAGCAACUACGGAUCGGGUAGGCUCGGCGCCGGCGACUCUUUCCGGACUUAUUCUGAAGAAUUCGGCCUCGAUACGAACAAUUUCCGGCGAUACAGUCGCCGUUCCGUCGGCCACAGCGAUGGGUUCGCGUCGUACGCGAGGAAGAAGAACAUGCCGGAGCAGAGUUUCAAUGGCUACGGGACGAUGUCCGCCGGAGGUAAAGGGGAAUUCAGUAGCUACGACGAGGAGGUGAACGUGCCGCACGUGAAAUUCAUCGCCUAUUCCGGCAGGACCGACGGCCGGCGGCAGACGUUCAAGGAGUACGCGACGGACGCCAAUUCCGGCGAGGAGGGAUUCGCCGGCUACAGCAAGGAAAGCAACGGCGACAAGAACGAAUUCGCCAGUUACGCCACGAAUUCCAACGUGGUCACAUCCGAUUUCAAAAGAUACAGGGAGUUUGGCAAUGGCGGGAACGACAGUUUCUCCUCCUACGGGUUCGACACAAAUGUGCCCCAAAACACGUUCCAGAAUUACGCCACAAAAGGCAACGGCGGGAUCGAGAAAUUCGACAAUUACAGAGCCGACACCAAUGGCGGAAGCGACGAAUUCAACUCCUACGGCAAGAAAUCAAGCGGCGAAGCUAUUGAUUUCCAGAAUUACGCCGGAAAAAACUCCGGCGGCAACUCCACAUUCACGAGCUACGCUAGAGACGCCGACGGCCAAACCGUCGACUUCAAGGUUUACGGCCAGGGCAGGACCUUCAAAGAAUAUGCCAAAGAAGGCGUCAUGUUCUCCCAAUACACGAAUACGAGCUCCGCCGCCAUGGCAGCCGCUGCAAUUUCCGGCAGGGGCAAAAAGGUAAAUUCCUCGGUAGUUGAACCAGGGAGGUUUUUCAGAGAAGAAAUGUUGAAGAAAGGCACAAUAAUGCCAAUGCCUGAUAUUCGUGACAAGAUGCCCAGAAGAUCAUUCCUGCCCCGAUCGAUUUCUUCCAAACUGCCAUUCUCGACCUCCAAAAUCACUGAAUUGCAGAAAAUCUUCCAUGCCGGCAAGGAUUCAAGCAUGGCGAAAAUGAUGAGAAAUUCAUUAAUGGAAUGCGAGAGAGCACCAAACCCUAACGAAACCAAGCAAUGCGUGGCGUCAAUAGAGGACAUGAUCGACUUCGCGACAUCGGUUCUUGGGCGGAAUCUGACAGUACGCACGACGGAAAGCACGCGAGGGUACAAUAGCAAGAUCAUGAUCGGUGGGGUGAAAGGGAUUGGCGGCGGGGAAGUGACGGCGUCAGUGUCAUGCCAUGAGAGCUCAUUCCCGUACUUGGUUUACUACUGUCACGCAGUGCCGAAAGUGAGGGUUUAUGAAGCAGAGAUCUUGGAUCCGGAAUCAAGGGCCAGGAUGAAUCUAGGGGUUGCAGUUUGUCAUUUGGAUACCUCGUCCUGGAGCCCUACUCAUGGGGCCUUUCUUGCACUGGGGCCCGGCCCGGGAAAGAUUGAGGUGUGUCAUUGGAUUUUUCACAAUGAUAUGACGUGGACGGCGCCAAAUUAGAUUUCAUACUCUUUCGUCUCAUUUAUCUGAAAUGUUAAUAUUGUUGUUUUUGUUCGUUUUAUUGAUGGAAC